GGGCGUGACUUGACGUCUAUCGUAUGCCCUCUCUCACUCUGUCUCUGGUCUCUACUACUUCUCAGUGUCACAGUGUCAAAAAGUUGUCUCUGAGAGAAACGAAACUUCACAAGAAAACCAACCAUUCACCUCCUGACUUCAUCUCCAUUGGAGAAGCAGUGGAAAAGCAUUUCUUGAUUUUUAAUGUCAAGACUGACUAGGGAUUGAUUACAAUUUAUGCCCGUGAAGUGAACACGUGGGAAGCUAGAAAGUUUUAUAUAUUGCAAUGAUUACACAUGAACAAGAUCCUGAUGUUCUUCAGUGGGGUCUCCAGUUGUUUGAAAGCAAUCCUUAUUCUAAUUACAUAUAUUGUGACACUGCUACACAAGAUGGUGUUGAUUUUUAUGGUGAGCAGCUUUUCAAGGAAGACUAUUACAAUACAGACUGUUGCAACAUAGAGCAUGAUGAGCUUAUUGCACAUGCUCUUCAAGAAGAACUAUCACAACUUUCAGUUGUAGAAGCACCCAAGUCUCCACAUGAAGAGGAUGAACCUUUGCAAGUUUCUUCUUUCCAACUAGAUUGGCACAAUCAAUCUAUGGACAACUAUGGUUCUGGGCAGGAGGGUGAUCUGGAAGUGGCAGAUGAUGUGGGACCUUCUAGUUCAUGCUCUAGCCCUCAAGAAAGUUCUUAUUCUGCAGAAGACUGGUCAUAUUCACUGGAGCUAGCAGAGGAGUAUGCUUUUGAUGGUGAAGUGGGAAAAUGGUUGAAUGAAAUUGUCCCUAUUCCCCAUAUUCCUAGAAUCAAUGGAGAAAUACCCUCAGUUGAUGAAGCAACUUUAGAUCAUCAAAGGCUAUUAGACAGAUUGCAGGUAUAUGAUUUAUUUGAGCGUAAAGUUCAAGGAGAUGGUAAUUGUCAGUUCCGCGCUUUGUCAGAUCAAUUUUAUCUAACUCCUGAUCACCAUGAAUUUGUGAGACAAGAAGUUGUAAACCAGCUUAAGUCUUAUCCUAAGACAUAUGAGGGUUAUGUUCCCAUGGCUUAUGGCAACUAUUUGGAGAAGAUGUCCAGGAGUGGUGAAUGGGGUGAUCAUGUCACUUUGCAGGCUGCUGCGGAUUCGUAUGGUGUCAAAAUAAUUGUCAUAACAUCUUUCAAGGACACUUGCUGCAUUGAAAUCCUUCCAAAUGUUCAACAAUCAAAAAGAGUAAUUCUUUUAAGCUUCUGGGCAGAGGUGCACUAUAACUCGAUAUUUGCACAAGGAGGUAACAAUUUCUUCCACAAUGGGCACAGAUUGCAUUGGUUCAUCCAUAUGAUUUAUUUAGUGGUAUAAAAUAUGAGAUUUGUUGUUCUAUUCUUAAACUGUUUUGGGUUGAACUGCACUGCAACUUGAAUUUGAUGAAUUUUGACUUUCUAGGGCCAAAUAUGGGCUUAUCGAAUGUCUCAUAUUUUCAGUGCUUUUGUCAAAAGCCCUUGCUUGGAUAUUUGAAAAUGAAUGUCUUGAAUGAAAAUAAAGAGAGGAAUAUACUGGAUUAAAUUAGCUAUAAAGCAAGCGAGGAGUUAAAUGAGAAAUGAAGGUUUUAACCGCAAAUAGAGUGGUAACGGAUAAAAAUGGGUUAGAGUUCUUACUUUCUAGUGGGGGAAACUGUUGGAUAAUGAGAGAUUAUGUGCUGCCUAGGCUGCUAGGGGUGGUGAAAGUGUUUAGAAAGCAAAAUAUGAAAGAAUUCCUUUGGAAUGAAAUCGAACAAAGCUUUAGGAUGUCAGAAUACUGAGAAUUUCAGGAAGAGGGAAGGAAAGUUAAUUAACAAUAGAGAGUGACAACCGAGAAAAUGAAAAAGUUUACAGGGAAAGAGUGGGAAGGAGGCAAUAUUGGCAAACUCUGGUAAAUUUUGAAUUCUUUCAGACAGUCCACAAAGAGUUCAUUCUUUUAUUUGUAGGGGCUUGCUCCUGAAAUGGUAUCUCUACCUACUUAUUUGACCUCAGAAGCACUUCAAAAUUGGGGAACUUGGAAUACUACAGUAUCUGAACUCUGAGGCACUCAAUUCUUUACAUGGUGUCUGUUGAGAUUGUUUAAAACAGGAUACUGUAAGAUUGCUUUAUAACAAUAUGUUUUAGAAGAAAGUAAAGCACUCAAUUCUCUACUUAUAAAUAAUUGUUUAGUUAUAAUGAUAGCUACAUCAUUUCUAUUAAUGUGCACCACAGCCCUAGCACAACCACACUAAUUUGCUAUUUCUUAAUAUUUCCACAUGGGAUCUAAAUUAAUUUGAAAUUCAGUUAACAAAAUGAAAUAUGAUAAAGAAAAAAUACGGGAUAAACUAUACAUUUUUGUUUUAAGAAAAAUACAAAAUACCAUUUUACUGCUUUAUGCUAAUAAGUAUGUAUUGAAACAUCCACAAAAUCAAGAAGCAAAACUUUUCUACAUAAAGAAUACUGAAGAAGAGAGUCCCAAAUCUCAAAUCCCGGUAGGCUUUAGUUGAAGAACGAUAGGAUUAGGAACUGGUCAACCAAAUAUCCGGUAGUUGUAUGAAGAGAAGCCUUUGCUAAAUUAAGGUUUAAUUUUCAAUAUUGUUGCAUGCAAGUGUGCAUGUAAGUGAGGAAAAUUUUUACCUACACCCAACCAAUAGAAAAUUACGUACAUGUAUGUUUAUGUGGGACAACCUUGGGUAAGAGAAUGGGAAAUAGGAAGAGUUGAUAUAAGUUAAGAUUAAUUUUUGUACAAGCAGAACAAGACCAGACUGAUAACUCAAUUGAAAAUGAAUUUGGAGAAGUCAAUUUUGAUGGAUGAGAUUUUGGUUGAAGAGUCACGUGCCACUUCGACUUUCCUGCCAUGACUUUUACUAAAAUGGCAAUUGUUGAUUGGUUGGGUGUAUAAACCUGGGUGUAAGAAUUACUUUGUGAGUCAUUGGUUUUUCGGAUUGAGCAUUAUGUAAUUGUAGCUAGUUAUGUUUGGUUGCUUUGAAUAUUUUUAAUGUGAUUUUCUUAACAGACUAAACAAGUUUUAAGUCAUUGACUCGCUCUUAGUAACUAGUAACUAAUGACAAUUCAUAGCAUGCUAUCAUUGUAAUCCAGAUUGGCCUGCAUAUGAGACCGAGAAGAAGAAAAGGUGGCAAAUGUUUUGAAAGAAGCAUUUGGAAUCACUAGAUGAAUGCCAAUGACUGUUAUGUAUAGUUUGCUAAAUUCUGCAGUAUCAGCUUUUGGUAGCAGCAGCAACUUUCUCAUGCCUAUUUUCUGCCCUAGUUAACCGCAAUUUUAAGAACUUCAUAUGAAGGGAUUUAAUCCUUUCGCAUUGCUCUGCCUUCUUUGGCCAUCUCCUCAUUGAUCAAUCCCUAAUCCACAUUAUUAUUCUAGAUCAAAUAUGCUGUGUCAAAUAUGAAACAUUCCUUGCAACCGUUAUACUGAUUCACUAUAUUCUAGUUUGUUUCUUUCUGAUUGUUCUUAAAUUGUGCAUGCAAGUUUUUGCAGUUGCAUGCUUGCUGGAAGCAUAUUUAUCUUUACUAAAGAAACUAUUGAUUACCAAUGGGAAAUUUCUUCAGAAUUUUGGAAUAUAUGAUUGUGUUAGAUGAUAACAGUUGCAUAUUCCAUCUCAUGAACAUGCUUCUCAGCAUUCAACAAUGUAUCUUUACUAUUUUUCAAGUGAUAAUAAUUAUUUUUCUGUUGUUUUGCCAA